AUGGACUUCCUCUAUGCCACGGUAUGUGAAAAUGGGACCCUUAGGUAAAAAAUGUGAGUAUUAUUGUUGAAUAACUCGUGAGUCAUGUGUGGGUUGGACUUUUCUUAGUCCACCGUUGAUUUGAGCACACCGCAUGGGUUUCUGUAAAUGGGAAUGUCAACUGCUGCAACGGUGUUCUGACGAGUGGAAUAUUUCCUCUGAAUGUUUAUUUAUUUAAAAAAAUAAUUAUUUAGGUGGUAGAUCAGCUUUAAUAUUGUAGAUAGAUUGUAACUUCCAUCAAUGUAAUUAUCUGCAUCACUUCCAAUCCCCCAUAUGUUUUUUUUCUUCUCGCAAAUAUAUAUACACAUACAUACAUGCAUACAUACAUACACAUACAUACAUACAUAUAUACAUACAUAUAUAUAUAUAUAUAUAUAUAUACACAUACAUACAUACAUACACAUACAUACAUAUAUACAUACAUAUAUAUAAAUACACUACAUAUACAUUCCUUUCAAAAACACUCCAACUAUGACAGACAAAAUGAGAAAAAAAAAUCCAGAAAAUCACAUUGUAGGAUUUUUUUAUGAAUUUAUUGGCAUAUGAUGGUGGAAAAUAAGUAUUUGGUCAAUAACAAAAGUUUCUCAAUACUUUGUUAUAUACCCUUUGUUGGCAAUGACACAGGUCAAACGUUUUGUAAGUCUUCACAAGGUUUUCACACACUGUUGCUGGUAUUUUGGCCCAUUCCUCCAUGCAGAUUCCUCUAGAGCAGUGAUGUUUUGGGGCUGUCGCUGGGCAACACAGACUUUCAAACUCCCUCCAAAGAUUUUCUAUGGGGUUGAGAUCUGGAGACUGGACUAGGCCACUCCAGGACCUUGAAAUGCUUCUUACGAAGCCACUCCUUCGUUGCCCGGGCGGUGUGGUUUGGGAUCAUUGUCAUGCUGAAAGACCCAGCCACGAUUCAUCUUCAAUGCCCUUGCUGAUGGAAGAGGUUUUCACUCAAAAUCUCACGAUACAUGGCCCCAUUCAUUCUUUCCUUUACACGGAUCAGUCGACCUGGUCCCUUUGCAGAAAAACAGCCCCAAAGCAUGAUGUUUCCAACCCCAUGCUUCACAGUAGGUAUGGUGUUCUUUGGAUGCAACUCAGCAUUCUUUGUCCUCCAAACAUGACGAGUUGAGUUUUUACCAAAAAGUUAUAUUUUGGUUUCAUCUGACCAUAUGACAUUCUCCCAAUCCUCUUCUGGAUCAUCCAAAUGCACUUCAGACGGGCCUGGACAUGUACUGGCUUAAGCAGGGGGACACGUCUCGCACUGCAGGAUUUGAGUCCCUGGCGGCGUAGUGUGUUACUGAUGGUUGGCUUUGUUACUUUGGUCCCAGCUCUCUGCAGGUCAUUCACUAGGUCCCCCCGUGUGGUUCUGGGAUUUUUGCUCACCGUUCUUGUGAUCAUUUUGACCCCACGGGGUGAGAUCUUGCGUGGAGCCCCAGAUCGAGGGAGAUUAUCAGUGGUCUUGUAUGUCUUCCAUUUCCUAAUAAUUGCUUCCACAAGUGAUUUCGUCAAAACCAAGCUGACUUAACUAUGCAAUUCAGUCUUCCCAUCCUGAUGCAGGGUCUACAAUUUUUUUUUGGUGUCCUUUACAGCUCUUGGUCUUGGACAUGUGAAGUUGGAGCGUGGAAUGUUUUGAGGUUGUGGACAGGUGUCUUUUAUAUGAUAACAGGUACAAACAGGUUGCCCUUAACUACAGGUAACGGAGUGGAGGACAGAGGAGCCCUUACAGAAGAAAGUUACCGGUCUGUGAGGCCAGAAAUCUUGCUUGUUGGUAGGGUGACCCAAAUACUUAUUUCCACAUAAUUUGCAAAUAAUUCAAUUAAAAUCUACAUGGAUUUUCUGGAUUUUUUUUUCCUCAAUUUGUAUGUCUAGGUUGACGUGUACCUAUGAUGAAAUUACAGGCCCUCUCCAUCUUUCUUAAGUGGGAGAAAUUGCACAAUUGGGGCUGACUAAAAAUUUUUUUCCCCACUGUAUACAUUUCCUUAAAAAUUUUUUUUUAUCUUUAUUACUUUCCAACCCCACCACCCCUUCCCUAAUUGGAGUAAACUAGUGAACAACAAUGCUUAGGCCUCUACUUCCAGCUUAUACAUACUAUAUACAUUUUAUGGACACAGUCAAUUUUACAAUAAUUAUAUAUUGUUUGUUUUUACUCCUGAACUUCCUCUACCCACAACCUCUACCCUCAACGAUCAUUUUCAUGAUGUCCAUCCGGUUUGCUUCUAUAUGCCAUAUCUUUUUAACUGUGCUCUUUCACAAAAGCUCUCAACCUAUAACCUACAGUGGGGAGAACAAGUAUUUGAUACAUUGCCGAUUUUGCAGGUUUUCCUACUUACAAAGCAAGUGUGGAGGUCUGUAAUGUUUAUCAUAGGUACACUUCAACUGUGAGAGACGGAAUCUAAAACGAAAAUCCAGGAAAUCACAUUGUAUGAUUUUUAAGUAAUUCAUUUGCAUUUUAUUGCAUGACAUAAGUAUUUGAUACAUCAGAAAAGCAGAACUUGAUAUUUGGUACAGAAACCUUUGUUUGCAAUUACAGAGAUCAUACGUUUCCUGUAGGUCUUGACCAGGUUUGCACACACUGCAGCAGGGAUUUUGGCCCACUCCUCCAUACAGACCUUCUCCAGAUCCUUCAGGUUUCAGGGCUGUCGCUGGGCAAUACGGACUUUCAGCUCCCUCCAAAGGUUUUCUAUUGGGUUCAGGUCUGGAGACUGGCUAGGCCACUCCAGGACCUUGAGAUGCUUCUUACGGAGCCACUCCUUAGUUGCCCUGGCUGUGUGUUUCGGGUUGUUGUCAUGCUGGAAGACCCAGCCACGACCCAUCUUCAAUGCUCUUACUGAGGGAAGGAGGUUGUUGGCCAAGAUCUCGCGAUACAUGGCCCCAUCCAUCCUCCCCUCAAUACGGUGCAGUCGUCCUGUCCCCUUUGCAGAAAAGCAUCCCCAAAGAAUGAUGUUUCCACCUCCAUGCUUCACGGUUGGGAUGGUGUUCUUGGGGUUGUACUCAUCCUUCUUCUUCCUCCAAACACGGCGAGUGGAGUUUAGACCAAAAAGCUCUAUUUUUGUCUCAUCAGACCACAUGACCUUCUCCCAUUCCUCCUCUGGAUCAUCCAGAUGGUCAUUGGCAAACUUCAGACGGGCCUGGACAUGUGCUGGCUUGAGCAAGGGGACCUUGCGUGCGCUGCAGGAUUUUAAUCCAUGACGGCGUAGUGUGUUACUAAUGGUUUUCUUUGAGACUGUGGUCCCAGCUCUCUUCAGGUCAUUGACCAGGUCCUGCCAUGUAGUUCAUGAUCAUUGAUGCCCCACGAGGUGAGAUCUUGCAUGGAUCUUGCACCGUCAUCUUGAACUUCUUCCAUUUUCUAAUAAUUGCGCCAACAGUUGUUGCCUUCUCACCAAGCUGCUUGCCUAUUGUGCUGUAGCCCAUCCCAGCCUUGUGCAGGUCUACAAUUUUAUCCCUGAUGUCCUUACACAGCUCUCUGGUCUUGGCCAUUGUGGAGAGGUUGGAGUCUGUUUGAUUGAGUGUGUGGACAGGUGUCUUUUAUACAGGUAAAGAGUUCAAACAGGUGCAGUUAAUACAGGUAAUGAGUGGAGAACAGGAGAGCUUCUUAAAGAAAAACUAACAGGUCUGUGAGAGCCGGAAUUCUUACUGGUUGGUAGGUGAUCAAAUACUUAUGUCAUGCAAUAAAAUACAAAUGAAUUACUUUAAAAUCAUACAAUGUGAUUUUCUGGAUUUUUGUUUUAGAUUCUGUCUCUCACAGUUGAAGUGUACCUAUGAUAAAAAUGACAGACCUCUACAUGCUUUGUAAGAAGGAAAACCUGCAAAAUCGGCACUGUAUCAAAUACUUGUUCUCCCCACUGUAUAUACUUAUUAUGGACACAGUAUGCUUACAUUAUUUGUUAUCUUGUUGUUAUUAGUUGUUUUUAGUUGUUAUUAGUCCCAUCCUUCAACUCCAUUCAACACCACCCAUCUAUCUCUUAACACCAUCCAUAUUGGAUUUAUAUUUGCCAUAUAUUUUUCAACUGUACUGUAAUGUUUUACAAAAGUUCUGAACCUUUCUAUUCUCGUUGUUUCUACAGAUUGUAAAUUGAAAAUAAACAUUUUUGCUAAAAGUAUUAUUAUAAUAUUAAUCGAUUGACUAUGACUUUUCAGAUCACCCAGUAAUGCUAUCUGCAGGGUUAGCUCCAGGUAAAUAUUGCAAUCAUUUAGCCAUUCCUGGACCUAUGUCCAAAAACAAGCUACAAAUGGACAGUCCCAAAACAAAUGAUCUAAUGAUUCUGUCUCUUCGCAGCAAAAUCUGCAGAGCUGGGAAGAUUGUAUCCCCCACAUAAAUAACAUUCUAUUGGUAGCAAGAAUUUUAUAAAAUAAUUGAAUUCUAAGUUUUGAAUCAGUUCAUGAACACUAUGCCAUGGGAUGUGUUCAUGAACACUAUGCCAUGUCAAUCCUUUGGUCCUUAAAUGAAACUGAUAUAAAAAAAAAUUAUCACAGUUUUCUUUAACCAGUUAUGUUUUUUGUAGUCAUUUAGCAGAUGCUCUUAUCCAGAACAAUUAGGGUUAAGUGCCUUGCUCAAGGGCACAUCGACAGAUUUUUCACCUAGUCGGCCUGGGGAUUAGAACCAGUGACCUUUCGGUUACUGGCACAACGCUCUUAACCACUAAGCUACCUGCCGUUGUGUUCUUUAAUGCAAGGCCGACAGACAAGUUCCUUACAUUGUCCCCCUUCCACUUUCCUCUUCCAUUUUUGCGGUAAUGAUGCAAUUAUUUGGUUGUAAUUUUGGGUAGAGCAGACAUUUCCAUAUGUUUUUGUUAGCUGCAUGUGUGACUUAACUCCACCAGUCCUACCGAUGAUAUAAUUUACGAAGAUUAUACCUUUUUUAAACAUUUUGUCAAAAAAAGAAGGUUUUUUAUCAAUUAGAAUAUUUGAGUUUAACGACAAUAUUUGUUGCAUUAUUUGUUCUGUCAUUUCUGGAGGAUUAAAUUGAAAUUGCAACCAACUUUCUAUGGCUUGUUUUAAGAAAUAGUGAUUUUGGGAGAUUUCCUUUUCAAAUAACUGAAAGUGAGAGGUUGUAAUCUGAAUAAAGGGAAAAAGGCCAUUCUUGAACAUUGGAUGAGACAAUCUUACUAAUUUGCUAGAGAACCAGUUCGGAUUUAAUAAUAACUUUUGUAUGACUGAAGCUUUUAGUGAUAGGUCUAAUGCUUUAAUAUUUAAUCAUUUCUGUCCUCCGAAUUCAUAUUCAUUAUAUAAAUAGGCCCGUUUAAUUUUGUCUGGCUUGCCGUUCCAAAUAUAAUUUAAUAUUUUUUUUAAUGAGCCAUCUGUUUAUGGUCCAAUAACAUAUUUUAAAUAAUCCAUCUACCUUGCGUAUCUGUUUGGACAAUUUCCACAUUCGGAUCGAAAUUACUGUUAAUUAAUAUCAUCACCCCUUUUGAGUUUCUUUGCCCAUGGGAGAAGUAUAUUUGCCCCCCCCCCCCAUUCCUUUUUCCACGCAACUUCAUCUAGAAUUGUUGAAUGAGUUUCCAGUAAACAAUAGAUAUUAUAUUCCUUCUCUUUGAGCCAUGUAAAUAUUUUUCUUCUUUUGUUAUUAUCUGCUAAGCCAUUACAAUUAUAACUGGCUAUACUUAUUUCACCAUAUACCAUAAUGUUAAAUACCUGUCAAGUUUCAAAACUAAUUAUCAUUAUAUAUGUUUGUAAAUAUUUGAAGAUUUAUUAUUUUGCUUGUUAUCUUUUCUUGUAAUACCUUCUUUUCCCUUUAUAAAAUACUAUACCUACUAUAAAUGUGCUUUAUUAUUACAAUCCCUACCAUGGCUAGUAUUGGGUGUUCCAUUAUUCGACUCCUCUAUUAGAACUUUCAGAAUAGCCAUGGAGUAGUCUUUGUGUCGCGGAACAUUUGGUUGUCAAUAUACAGUUUAUCGACAACAAGAGCAACACGCUUCCCUUUUCAUCUAUUUUCCUUGAAGAUUGGGUACAGAACUUUGCGCCGUUCUGCAAUCUCCCUCGGGAACUGAGCAUUCAUGCCUAUUUUCGUGCCAGCAAGUCUUUCACCUAGGCUUUUAACCAUUACUUUAUCCUUAAAAAAAGCAAAUUUGGCAACGAUUGGACGCUCAUAUCUCUGUCCUCUUUGUCCGAAAAGGUGUACACGUUCGAGUUGGAUUUUGUCGACAGCCUCGAGUGGAAUUUGAAGCGCUGUAAGAAAGAAGUCCUUCACUGUUUUUUCUGUAAUUUCUCCCUCUUUUUCCUGGAUACCCGUAAGUACUAGAUUUUCUCUCAUUGAUCUGGUUUGUAUAUCUAGGAAGGCUUUUCUCAGAAAGUUGUUCUCCUUUUUAAGUUCCUUAACGUCCGAUUCCAUCCCAGUGACUGUCCCUUUUAGUUUUUUUGUAUCGCUCUCCAUUAUCGCAGCUUUUCCGUCACUCAUUUCAAGACUCGCCUUCAACUCUUUUACAUCAUUACUGACCAACUCUAGUAUGCCCAGUUUGUCAUUUAUCGACUUCUACAAGUCGCUUUCCACACUUACCAGUCCCAGUGGUGAAAAGCAUAAAUCAUCUGUAUCAGUCGAGGAGUCGCGUUUUCUCUUGGAGAUUGAUUCUCCUCGUUUAUCUUCCGUCAUGUUUGGGUGUUGCGUGUUGUAAUAUUUGUCGAUAAAUUUCUCUAGCCUUAUAAUUUGUUUUGUGUUAUUAUCUAGAUUGAAUGUUAUUACCCUCGAAUAUAUGAAAUGUUAAUAUUUAGUAUAACUUACUGAUAUUGAAUAUUAUGUUUUUAUCUUGAGGUGUUUUUUACCGCUGUGUAUUCAAUACGCCAUCUUGUAUAUCUGCCUUCUACCGGAAGUUAUUGUUUCCUCUGAAGGUUUAUGACUUAUAAAUUGUAUUUCUCUGUAUCUGCACAGUUAUUCUGAAUUUCUCAACACACUGCUUAUUGUAAAACCUUAUUUGUAUAGUUCCCAGAGUGCCUUGCCUUUUCAAGUGAAUUGUAGAGUUACCACCCAUGACUGUAUUUGUUAGUGACAGAGAAGUGGUUGUUGCAUUCAUCCUUUUAUUUGUCAUAUUUCUUCUAAGUGAAUAUGUUAAAAUAUAUUUAACACAAUAUCAUGUCUAUUUAACAAGGCCUUAAUUUGAGGGCAUAGUUUUACCCUAAUGCAGGGGCUGGAAAAUCAGACACAUCUCUUUAAACUGAAGUCAUGGCCAUCAUUUUAUUUCCCAGCAUGCUCUACUGGUGGUUGAUUUAAAAUAAGAAUAUAUAUAAACUACAUUACCAAAAGUAUGUGGACAUCUGCUUGUCGAACAUCUCAUUCCAAAAUCAUGGGCAUUACAAUGGAGUUGGUCCACUUGCUCCAUUCAGCCACAAGAGCAUUAGUGAGGUCGGGCACUGAUGUUGGGCGAUUAGGCCUGGCUCGCAGUCAUUGUUCCAGUUUAUCCCAAAGGUGUUCGAUGGGAUUGAAGUCAGGGCGCUGUGCAGGCCAGUCAAGUUCUUCCACACCAAACCCGACAAACCAUUUCUGUAUUGACCUAACGUUGUGGACAGGAGCAUUGUCAUGCUGUAACAGGAAAGGGUCUUCCCCAAACUGUUGCCACAAAGUUGGAAGCACAGAAUCAUCACGGGUUACACUAGGCCUCAAAAUAAAGUAUUGUGAGAUAUGACAUUUCAUGAUAACAUUCACCUAGGAACUCAAUUGGUGAAGGCAAAGGAUUGAAGAUGAAUUAAUCCAACAACCAUGUCUCUGUCACUAACAAAUACAGUCAUGUGUAGCAACUCUACAAUUCACUCAAAAAGGCAAUGCACACUGGGAAAUUAUGUUGGAGGCAUGGCUUAGUGGGGGCGUGGCUUUCAGGUAGUUAUUUCUGGCCACCCGUGAUAGGAAGUGUUGUACCAGUUUAAGUGCUCUAUGGUAGAAGUACAGUAUUACUGCUUACAAAUGCUGUUGUCACUGUGGUGGAACCUUAUAUAUUAUCUACCUGUAACUUAAAGGGACGAAACAAGUGUAGUACCCCUUUUGCAACUUUUUUAUUUUAUGAGUAAUACACUGGCCUGAAAUUCAUGGUUUGCAGGCUACAUCAGUCCUUCAAGUCACAUGGUGUUGUCUUGCAAAGCACUGUGUAAUUCUUCUUUGAAUUGUUUACCACUUGCAACCUGCAUUAAGAAUGAUAGCCAAGGUUGGGGAGACUCAGAUAUGAGUCUGCCUAAACCAUCUAAACUGGAACAACCAUUUCAGUAAUGGAUGCAAUAAGUAAGUUGGAUUAAUUUAGAAAAUGUAUGUCAUUUAUAUUUGCAUAGCAUAAUAUGAAUUAAUCAAUCAAUGCACAAACAUAGAUAUUGAAAAAAACAAUUCAAAAAAUCUUACCUGCAAUAGAGUGUACUAGGAAAUAUGAUAAUGAUGGGUGUGGUUUUGGUUCAUAGUGAUGUGCAUGAGUUUCAGACCCCUGUAGGGUAAAACUAGACCUUAAAAAUAAGACCAUGUGAAAUACGGAACAUAUUGUAUUGUGUUGAUUUAACACUGGAGAAUUUGCUGUGUACACACAUUAUAGCAAAAAUAAAAAAGCAAUAUGGAACUUAACUGUGGAAAAUAAAGGAGUCUUGUUUUGGGACAUUAAAUCUAAUAAAACGUGAAAGAUGAUUGAAGUAGAUUCAUUUUUAGAAAUUUCCUGGCGCAAUUGUUUUAUUCUAUUCAACACUUGUCAUCUCAAUUAAUUAGUCUGAAACUUGUUGUUGAAUUAUUAAUUGAACAUUAGUUGGUGGACACAUUUUUUAAUAAUCUAUCACAAUUCUCUAUUUUUGUUUUUUAAUACCACAGCUGUUGCCACUGAGACUUAAAGAGGCAAUCUGGGAUUCAAAUAACAACAAAACAACAAUUAAUUUAGGAGUCAAAAAAUGUAUGCAAAGCUCUACAGAGGGUGGUGCAGACCGCCCUGUACAUCACUGGGGCUGAGCUCCCUGCCAUCCAGGACCUUUAUACCAGGCGGUGUCUAAGGAAUGACCAGAAAAUUGCCAAAGACCUCAGCCACCCAAGCCAUGGACUGUUCUCUUUGCUACCGCCAGGCAAGCAGUACCGGAGCAUCAGGUCUAUGGCCCAACAGACUCAGAGACAGCUUCUAUCUCCAAGGAAUUAGACUGUUGAAUAGUUAAUCAAUGGCUAUCCGGACUAUCUGUAUGGACUAUCUGCAUUGACUCUACCUGCACUGGCUAUAUGCACCAUCACAGUUCUCUAUCCACACACACACACAUACUUACACUGACACUCACACACACACACACACACACACACACACACACACACACACACACACACACACACACACACACACACACACACACACACACACACACACACACACACACACACACACAUACAUAAACCCAUAACACACUCACAGAAUACACGUACUGACACCACACACUCACACCAUAUACGCUGCUGCUACUUCUUUUGACUUUUAGUAUUAUAUAUUCUGUUGCCUAGUCACUUUACCCCUGCCUUUAUGUACAUAUCUGCCUCAAUCAUCACGUAUCCCUGCACAAUGAAAUGGUUAUGGUACUCCUUGUAUAUAGCUUCAUUCCUGUGUGUUUUAUAUUUCAUUUGUUUUUAUAUUAUUUUCUUAUUUAACUCUGCAUCGUUGGGAAAGAGCUUGUAAGCAAGCAUUUCACUGUGAUAAAUACAGUUUGAUUAGAUUGGUAUGUGUUGUGAUUGGGCUGACGGUCGGGUUACGUUCCACAACCGCGACCCUAUACGCUCCACGGUCUAGUCAGAGGUAUCAUGUGAUAAAUCAGUGGCAGAUCGACAUUGCUCCAAAACUUCAUCUGGUGGUCAUGAAUAGAGAUGAGCGUUAUAACAUACCUGUCGUGUUUUGGAUGAGAGGCCAGGCUAAUUAAGUCAUACUGUAUGUGGACACUUUUGGUUAAACAUUCCUGCUAGCCUAUUGUGCUCCUCUACAUUUUACAUUACAGUCAUUUAGCAGACGCGACUUACAGGAGCAAUUAGGGUUACGUGCCUUGCUCAAGGGCACAUCGACAGAUUUUUCACCUAGUCAGCUCGGGGAUUAGAACCAGCGGCCUUUCGGUUACUGGCACUACGCUCUUAACCACUAAGCUACCUGCUGCUCUAUAUGUCCAGCAUUCACAAAUUCCAUUAGUGUCUUUGUCUCUCAAAAAUAGGACCUCUACAAAGGUUAACUUUGUAGGAGAGAAUGUCUGAAAUAGUUGUGAAAUAUCAUGGAUUCUAUGGUCUAUGGAUAACACCCACACAUUCCAUUAACGAGUCUUCUCAUUAACUUAAAGGGCAAGCACCACUUUUCACCCUCAUUUUCAUUAUCUCCAGCACAAUACCAUUGUCUACAUACUGUAUGUGAAAAUUGCGUAUUUCUACGUUUUGUAGAAAAACAUAUAAAGUUAAAAAGUUCUACCUGAUGACAUCAAAGUUAAAAUAUUUUAAAAACAGUGAUUUUCGAACACUAUGAGAUUCGUGGUGAUGUGAGGAGCAAGAAAAGCCCAUCCCUCUGGCUAGAAACGCUUUGCAGGUUUUGAAAGUCACUUUUUGUUUUACUUUUAAUGUCACAGAGAAUCAUUAUUUAGGAUCUUUCUUCUUAUCUUUUUAACCACAGCUCAUAGAAACGCGCCGUUUUCACAUACGUAGACACAGGUAUUGUGCUGGAGAUGAAAAAAAAAAAUGUAUGCACUCACUAACUAACUAACUGUAAGUCGCUCUGGAUAAGAGCAUCUGCUAAAAUGACUAAACAUUUUAAAAAAUGAGAUAAUGAAUAUGAGGUUGAAAAGUUGUGUAAUUGUCCUUUAACUUUGUCAAUGCUAUUAGAAUAACAGUAAAACUGCAUUCCAUGGCUGACCAUCUUUGCCCAUGCAGAUGGAUACUGCACUGCAUUAUUACAUUAUCGGUGGUAUUUCUGUGGGCUUUUUUGCAGUGGAAUGCAGCCGUCCCUGUUGGCUCUUAGGGAAUGCCCGGGUAGCUCCAUCUGGCCUUGGCAGCGCUAUGUUGUGCCCCUGCCCGGGAGCCUUGAAUUCUGAGUAUGUGUUGGCAAUUAGUGGAGAUGUUGGCAUUGCGUUUGGCUGCGGUGUGACAUUCUCACAGGGCUUGUUGACUUGCUGCGAGGGUGCCAUGUAUCGCUUUGCUUUUCCUCAGGUUCACUGCCAUCAGAAUCCAAGAGAGGCACCGCCAGAUAACUCCACGCUACAGUGUUCACUGAUUGCAUGACCCUCUGUUUUGUUGCUGUCAAAAAAAAAAGGUUCUCAAUGUUUUCCAAUAUAAUUGUGUUUUAUCUGUACAGUGUUUACUUUUAUAAUGAGGCACACAAGGCCAACCUUGAACAUCAAACUGUAAGAUGCUAGGGUCACACUUUAUUUGGGUAGUCCCAUAUAGAUGAUCUACAGAUGGUCUUACUAUCAACAAUCUGUUGAUAAGCAAAUGCUUGCUAAUGUUUACGGUUAGGUUUAGAAUAAGGGUUAGGGUAAGAGUUAAGUUUAAGUUUAGGGUUAGGAUAAGGGUUAGGGCUAGGGCUAGGGUUGGAUUAGUGGAUAGUUAGUUGAAAUGUUGACGUCUACUGAACAUCUACGAACCAUCUACAAACCAUCUACACACCAUCUACUUGGGACUCAAUUAAUUCAUCAAUCAAUUAAUCAAUCAAUGUACAUGCACAAACAUAGAUAUUGAAACAAACAUUUCUAAAAAUCAACCUGCAAUAGAGCAUGCUGGGAAAUAUGAUAAUGAUGGGCGUGGUUUUAGUUCAAAGUGACGUGUAUGAGUUUCAUGCCCCUGUAUUAGGGUAAAACUAGGCCCUCAAAAUAAGGCCUUUUGAAAUACAUAUGGUAUUGUGUUUAAAAAAAUACAUAAAUUAUGAUAAAAUAUUCGCUUAGGAUCUCACUUGGUGAAGUCCAUGGGACCAAAAAUGGAUGAAUGAAACAACCAUCUCUGUCACAAACAAAUACAGUCAUGGGUGAUAACCCUACAAUUUACUCGAAAGGCAAGGCACUCUGGGAAAUAUUUGAAUAAGGCUUUACACUAAGCAGUGUGUUAAUUUAACACUGUUCCGGUGUAUAUAUGGAUCCACAGACAGGGAAAAUGUGUGUUGGUAUUCUUGUACGAACAGAGCGGUAACUUGGGUUGUAUACACUAGACACCAAAUGGAAGAAAACAGACAGAAACGAGGAGGUACUUGUCCAAUAGGAAACGCUCGUUUUCGUUUUACCGUUGCAAAACGUUUUGCUAUGUGUGCACUAAUGAAUAUGACCAUGGUUUAACAUCGGUUCACUCGACUCCAUCUCUCUAGGGUUGACAUGGCAGGAUGCCACCACCCAGCAGAUUAUCUCCAGAGAGCUGUCCAAGCUACGCAAGGUUCCUAUCCAAAGGCCGGACCCCCAUUCUGCCUCCCUGACACGCUAUGGUGGAGCCAGGAAGCUCAAGACUGGAAAGGCAGAGCUUAGCAUCCAGAAGUACCUGCAAGAGCUUGGUCUCCUUCCCCAGUCUGUUGGCACUGCCCGCCAGGGGCCCCAGCGAGAUGGUCCCCUCACUAAGGUAAGGGCCCGAUAGAAAAGCCAUUCCAUGGGAGGGGAAUGGUUCCAAACCACCUGUGUUUGGUAGCUACAGGGGACCAUGGAGGGAGAGGCCCUGGCCUUGGUAAACCAGAGGCUCUAUGUCCUUUUUUGGGGCCCCAUGUUUUCAUCUUCUUUCCAUCCUAAUGGAUAAGAUAAGAGGAAGAAACCAUCUUGGCAGGGGGUAGCUAUGUUGUCUUUGCACUGCUUUCGUUUCCUGUUUCUCCUCUUUACAAUCCCGCUGAGAAUGGAUGAUGCCCAUUUAGAAAGGGGGUCCCAUCACUCCUUGACUAUAUAUAUCUCAUCACCAUAUUUAAGGCAGAACCCCGGGGGUUGCCCCGCAACCCAGCCAACCCCAAAGUUGCCUGGAUAUUUCCUAUUCAUGUGUUACCAUAGCGAUGGCGGCGUCCAGAGUUCAGGAGUUCAGGAUCCUCCUUCAUAACGAGGCAGGGUUCUUUGUUGCAUUGUGGGAUAGAGGAUGACAAACAUGGUUAGCAUGAACGGUGGAGGCCCAUCCUGCUGGGUUAAUACCAUUAGGGUCUCCCAAUACUACUGAGCUGGGGAGAAUCGCAUUAUCUCUAGGGACAGAACAACAUAAAGUAGAAAGAUAGCAUACACAUUGAUUAUCAGAGCCUAGGGGUCUAACACCUUAUCCUUGUGUUAAUUGUGUCAAUGUACACUACCGUUCAAAAGUUUGGAGUCACUUAGAAAUGUCCUUGUUUUCGAAAGAAAAGCCAUUUUUUUGUCCAUUAAAAUAACAUCAAAUUGAUCAGAAAUACAGUGUAGACAUUAUUCAUGUUGUAAAUGGCUAUUGUAGCUGAAAACAGCUGAUUUUUAAUGAAAUAUCUACAUAGGUGUACAGAGGCCCAUUAUCAGCAACCAUCAGUCCUGUGUUCCAAUGGCACGUUGUGUUUGCUAAUCCAAGUUUAUUAUUUUAAAAGGCUAAUUGAUCAUUAGAAAACCAUUUUGCAAUUAUGUUAGCACAGCUGAAAACUGUUGUGCUGAUUAAAGAGGCAAUAAAACUGGCCUUCUUGAGACUAGUUGAGUAUCUGGAGCAUCAACAAUUGUGGGUUCGAUUACAGAAUCAAAAUGGCCAGAAACAAAGAACUUUCUUCUGAAACUCGUCAGUCUAUUCUUGUUCUGAGAAAUGAAGGCUAUUCCAUGCGAGAAAUUGCCAAGAAACUGAAGAUCUCGUACAAUGCUGUGUACUACUCCCUUCACAGAACAGCGAAAACAGGCUCUAAACAGAAUAGAAAGAGGAGUGGGAGGCCCCGGUGCACAACUGCGCAAGAGGACAAACAUUAGAGUGUCUAGCUGGAGAAAGAGACGCCUCACAGGUCCUCAACUGGCAGCUUCAUUAAAUAGUACCCACAAAACAGCAGUCUCAACGUCAACAGUGAGGAGUCGACUCCGGGAUGCUGACCUUCUAGGCAGAGUUGCAUAGAAAAAGCCAUAUCUCAGACUGGCCAAUAAAAAUAAAAGAUUAAGAUGUGCAAAAGAACACAGACACUGGACAGAGGAAGAUUGGAAAAAAGUGUUGUGGACAGACAAAUCGAAGUUUGAGGUGUUCGGAUCACAAAGAAGAACAUUUGCAUCUGUCAAGCAUGGUGGAGGCAAUGUGAUGGUCUGUGGGUGCUUUGGUGGUGGUAAAGUGGGAGAUUUGUACAGGGUAAAAGGGAUCUUGAAGAAGGAAGGCUAUCACUCCAUUUUGCAACGCCAUGCCAUACCCUGUAAACGGUGCUUGAUUGGAGCAAAUUUCCUCCUACAACAGGACAAUGACCCAAAGCACAGCUCCAAACUAUGUAAGAACUAUUUAGGGAAGAAGCAGUCAGCUGGUAUUCUAUCUAUAAUGGAGUGGCCAGCACAGUCACCGGAUCUGUAUGAAAGAAAAACAAAAAAAAUGAAUGCACUCACUAACUGUAAGUCGCUCUGGAUAAGAGCGUCUGCUAAAUGACUAAAAAUGUAAAAAAUUUAAAUCUCAACCCUAUUGAACUGUUGUGGGAGCAGCUUGACCGUAUGGUACGUAAGAAGUGCCCAUCAAGCCAAUCCAACUUGUGGGAGGUGCUUCAGGAAGCAUGGGGUGAAAUCUUUUCAAAUUACCUCAACAAAUUGACAACUAGAAUGCCAAAGGUUUGCAAGGCUGUAAUUGCUGCAAAUGGAGGAUUCUUUGACGAAAGAAAAGUUUGAAGGACACAAUUAUUAUUUCUAUUAAAAAUCAUUAUUUCUAACCUGCAUUUUGCUAUAUUUCCUAUUCAAACUCAUUUCAUGUAUGUUUUCAUGGAAAACAAGGACAUUUCUAAGUGACCCCAAACUUUUGAACGGUGGUGUAUAUAUUGUUAAUGCUUCUCAUUGUCAAAUGUCUUUCUUUUGAAUCUACUGCUUUAAUGCAGUAGUUUCUAGGUUGGUUUACGAGAAGCUAGUGGUGCUCUGUUUGAUGGGGGAGAUAAGUGUUUUUGAAAAUCUGUUCUGAAAAUGCACAAAAUGGCUAUUGAGUGACACUAUCUUCUUUAGAAUUUCCAUAUGCAAUUUUCAAGGGCAGUUGAUAAACAUGGUUGUGUUACAGAAUGAAGACUUCCAGCCCAAGAAGGGAAAGUCUACGUUUGACAGUCUGCAGUCUGCAGAGCCGCCCCAGGGGGGUAAGGUCUUCACACAGGGGGCCGUGGGAAGCUGGAGACCCCCAGUGGAGACAGCCUACUCCAGCCAGCAGCCAGGGAGUGCCAGGGGGAGUGCCAGGGGGUUGGCUGCCCAGCUGGAGCGCUACCUGUCAGGGGCAGCACACACCCAGAGCCGCCCAGUACCAGGGGCAGUGGUGGGAUCAGUGGUGGGACCCAAGGGGAAGCUCCACUAUGUCAGCUAUGUCAGCCCUGUAAGCUCUGGUGGUCAGGUGGAACCCCAGACACGACUUGGUGGCAGUGGCUCCAAACCUCCAAGGCCCAACAUAGACAGGCUUCUCUUCAAGGCUGUUUCCAACCAUCAGUUGCCCAAGGAACAGCUCAGUACGGUGGAUGGUAAGGUCCUCUUUUUUCCACAAUGAUUUGUGUUUGCACUGUCCUGUGUGCUUCUGUGAACAUCAGAUUCAUUUGUAGUGGAUCCACACACACAAAAAAAGAGAAUUUCUAAGUUAUUUUAUGAUAUUUUAUUCAUUUAGAGGCAACCGUAGUUCUGUGAAUAUCAAAGCUACUGGACAGUUAUAGUGGAUCUCAAAUGUCCCUUUCUCUGUGUUCCUCCUUUCUACCCUCUCCCUCAGAACGGUUCAUCCAGAACAUGGUCAACCAGCUGGGAAGGCAGAGAGUAAACAUGGACGGUUUGAUGGGUAAAGACCUGAAACAGCUGGCAGACAUCAUCUCUGAGGCCCUGCAUGUGGUGGAUGGGGAGGGGCCUGGAGCCAGAGCUAAGCCCAGGGUCAUGGGACCCAUACGGGACAGACAGAUGAAGAGAGAGCCCUUACCUUCCAAGGACCAGGAUGAGGAGGACCAAAACGACAUGUUGGGGCAAGAUGCAAGGCUUCAAGGUAUGAAUGAAUACUUUCCUGUCCCAUAGGGAAAUUUGCUUGGCAACAUUCCUGGGGUACAUACAUUAUAGUAAUACAUCACAAGACAUACCACACUUCACUUAUAUGCAAUAUACACUGAGUGUACAAAACAUUAAGGACACCUUCCUAAUAUUGAGUUGCACCGAAGCCUUUUGCGAAGACUUUUGCCCUCAGAAUAGCCUAAAUUCAUUGUGGCAUGGACUCUACAAGGUGUCAAAAGCGUUCCACAGGGAUGCUGGCCCAUGUUGACUCCAAUGCUUCCCACAGUUGUGUCAAGUUGUUUGGAUGUCCUUUGGGUGGUGGACCAUUCUUGACACACAGGAAACUGUAGAGAGUGAAAAACCCAGCAGCGUUGCAAUUCUUGACACAAACCGGUGCGCUUGGCACCUACUACCAUACCCUGUUCAAAGGCUCUUAAAUAUUUUGUCUCACCCAUUCACCCUCUGAAUGGCACUCAUACACAAUUGUCUCAAGGCUUAAAAAUCAUUCUUUAACCUGUCUCCAAUAAGGGAUUAUAGCUUUCACCUGGAUUCACCUGGUCAGUCUGUAUCAUGGAAAGAGCAGGUGUCCUUAAUGUUUUGUACACUCAGUGUAUAUCACAGCACAUAUUUCACAAAAAAAUGGUCAGACUAAUCUGGGCAACCCAGAACAAAAAUCUUACGCCAACUAUUCAAAUAGGUUAUGGGGGAAAGACUAGAACGAGGAGCUGAAGCAGGAAGGUAGCUCCACCCGCCUCUCUCUGCAAGUUCCAGUCAAGUCUAUGGGCCAAAUGUCCCCUCCCCUUCCAAAAUUCAAAAGAUGCAGACACCUUUUUUAUUUUCAUUUAGCAGACGCUCUUAUCCAGAGUGACCUACAGGAGCAAUUAGGGUUAAGUGCCUUGCUCAAGGGCACAUCGACAGAUUUUUCACCUAGUCGGCUCGGGGAUUAGAACCAGCAACCUUUCGGUUACUGGCACAAUGCUCUUAACCACUAAGCUACCUGCCGCCCCAGACUUAACGAUACAGUACCAUUUAUGUUACGUAGACUGUCCACAAGAGAUUAUAGUCACAGACAUAAAGGUACACUUGCAUUUAUCACCAGGGUGAAAGUAAAGUAAAACCUGUGUGGAAAUGUUUUAGAUUGUUUGGUUAUUAGCCGUAAAGCCUUCACUUUAGCAAGCAUAAUUUUCCACAGUUUUGUGGAAAACAAUGGGAAUUUGUAUUUCCUCUUGUGGAUGUUUUCUCCUCACACAUUCUGAUUUUUACAGGGCAACCAAUGGAGGAUGCAGAUGACAAGGUAGGUCUAAUUCACAUAAUAUUUUUUGCAAACUCUCCUUAAAUUGCCACUCAUUGAUGAAAGGACUAUAUAAAACUAGACCACUAAUGAAAGACAUGUGAAGGUAAAUUACCACUUUCAACUGAAGGAAUAUCAAUCUGUUCACUGUGAUUUCAAAGAGAUUCUUAUAAAAAUAUCAGGUUUGUAAAACUCGUUUUCUGUCUUGUCUGUUUCCUAUUAAAUAUUUGCUAUAUUUGUUUGCUUCGACAUUUCAGUCACCAUUUUGAAACCAGUGUAUCUGUCGAAACAGAAUAAUGUCUGAAAGGAAGGAAAAGAAAGAGUUAAUAAUAGUUGACGUUGAACUUUCAUUUAAUCUCUUCUUUAAACCCUCAGACUUAAUGGAAACACACUAUUAUACUAUGUAAUGGAACAACACCCUUUAAAAAUAGGUUUACUAUUCUUAUAAAGCAAAACCUUUGCAGUAAAAUAGAUAACACACUGUUAAAAUGAAGUGCUUUGUAACACCAAAACGAGUGGCAACUGAGCUUCCACCAACUUGAAGGAGACAAAACCUUACAUUUGCUGGAGUAUUGAAACACAUCAUCCUGAGAUGUUUUGAAACAUGACAUGGUUCGUUUCCUCUCUCUAACGCAGGGGUGUCAAACUCAUUCCAUGGAGGGCCAUGUGUCUGCAGGUUUUAGUUUUUUCCUUUCAAUUAAGACCUAGACUACCAGGUCAGGGGAGUCUUUUUACUAAUGAGUGACCUUCAUUCUUCAGUCAAGUACAAGGGAGGAGCGAAAACCCGCAGACACUCGGACCUCCAUGGAAUGAGUUUGACAUGUGCUCUAAUGCUUCUAAACACCAUUACGAUGUUAUGAAUCCUGUCUAGUGCAGAAGUAUAUCCCUUUAUAUUAAGUGUCUUAAUGUUCAACAUUGUCUUAUGCGUUUGAGUUGACGUUAUAUACCAUCUCGACAGGCAUUGUCAAGCACAGGGUUCAAACCAAUAACUGGCAAUUAACCUGAUAGAACUGCACUUUCCACUGACAGGCAUGAAUAUGGGAAUGGGUACUGUCCUCAUUGAAGGUCAAUUUGCCUGACGGUUUUUAUAUCCGUUCAUCAUGACCCAUUACACCUCAUGGCACAACAAGCUUAAUAUUAAAAUAUAAAUAUACUUUCUUCAAACAUUUAUACAAAAUUUGUGAAAGAAUCAUAAAGUCUAAAAAGGUUGAAUUACCCACAAUCCUCUAAAAACAUUCACGUGGCAAGAUAGGAAAUGCAAGGAGAUUACAACCAAAGACUUCCAAUGAGUUCAAUCAAUUAAUCAAAAAAAUUAUUUAAAAAAAUGUAAAUUUAUUGUCUCUCUUUGGUUAUCCUAAUGAAAGAUUUACAUUAUUUUGUUAAAAUGAUAUUGAAACGACUUGCAUAACUUCUCUCUAAUAUAUUUUGACACAGUUAUGAUAUGACAUAGCGGAUACAGAUAGGUGGGAGAAACAGAUUGAAGGGUUGGAGUGGGGAAUCUAACCCCGGUCUUCGGUGGGGAGAGGGGUGACAUGUCUAAGCCGGGUGCGUUACUGCUAGACCACAGGCUCUGCACAUAUUCGUUAAGUGUAUGUUUUUUUCUAUUUCAAUUCGACCCAGAAUAAUUUCUUAGAAUGGCUGUGCGGGUAAAAUCUCAACGAAAUGUACCAUCUUACUGCCCCUCCUGUUUCUAAUCUGUUAAAAUAAAGCAUUAAAAAAAAUGUGGAAUUCCACAAAAUAUAUUCUCCAUAGGCCCUUAUCAUCAGUCAAAAUUUAGGCUAUAAACCAUUUGCAUUUCUGAACCAUUGAUUGUAUGAGAAACACAGUUUUUGUGUUUUGAUACUGCCUUUUACAUGCACUGAAACCCCAAAAAGUGUUUUCACAACGCUCUCAUAAAAACACCAAUAUUCAGGUUGAAGAAUCACUUUGGGUGUUUCAGAGUUCUAUAUUUCUGUUUAAAAAAAAACAUUCUGAGUAUUAAAACACUUGCAUUGGGUUUACAUUCAAACACCCUCCAAACACCAGAUUUCAGUUUAGGUGCACUACUUUUUAUGGUUUCAUUACACAAUCAUGGUGUUUGAGACUUUUGUUGCUAUCAUAGAAAUAGAAUCACUAGAAAGGGUAUUCCCAUUCAAGUCAAUGGGUCUGUAAUGGGUGGACUGGUGGCCAUUUUAGAAGUGAUUCUAUGUCUAUGGUUAUCAUAUCCUACCACAGGACCCAGGCUUCGUCAGUAAGCUGUUGGAGUACCUCAACAUGGACCCCUUCAGUGAUGCGCCAGAUGCCCAGAUGGAGGUUGAUGGUGCCGGGGCCCCAGUAGCAGCAGGCGGCCCCUCCAUUGAGGGCCAGAGAACAGUGGGUCUGGAGAAUGUGAGAAGCAGGACCACACAGGGCCAGGUACCUGUACCACACCCCUGGGAGGAGAGGAACAUGGCCAUAGGAGGAAAGGUUGGAUCUCCAGACCAACCGAUGGAUGUCCAGGGUUCUGAAUCCCUUGUAGACUCUGAGGUGGAGAGGUGGAACCACGGUACCAAAGCUACCCCCUCCGGAGGCUGAGACAGACGUCCUGGUAGAUAAACCACAGAAGAAGAAUCUCCUAGCAGAACCACAGAAACAGGACAUUCGACUCCAGGAGGAGGAGGUGGUGCAUAUGGGGGUCAAAGCUUACUCAAAGUCACUGCGAGGGAAACCCCACCACAGCGACUUUGGCUACAUCAUUACAGACACAGAGUGAGUAUGGUGAAGAUUAUACUUGCUGCCAUUUACCAAACAUAAUGUGUCUUUAUACUCUCACUUCACAAUGAGCAGUUAUCUCCAGCUCUGUGUGUUUCCUGUUUUCUCUAUUCACCUCAUAUAUUUUUUUAUUGUUGGGCAUACUGUGGUUAAUAUAGACCUGAAGCAAUCUUUGUUGCCUAAAUUCAGGCUACUGUUGAAAAACCAUACAUCUUUCAAAACAUCCCAGACAUAUACAAACGUUUUCUUUUUAUAGAGAAUGAUCGCUUGAUAUCCUUGGUGGUGCACUUGGGCACAAUAGCUGUGAUGAUAAGUCCUUAGGUGUGUGGGUAUUACCGCACCGUAUUACAGCGUUAAUGAUGAUAUGGUAUCAGCAAAGGGCACCAGAGUCAGUCUCCACUCGGCUCACCGCAAGAUAGGUUUCUAUCGACUGUGUUUCGCCCGUGGCACUUUCUCAAAUCCCUUUCUGCCGUUAUCAGGCAGAGUGUCAGAGCGCUGUCCUUUACCUGUUCAAUAGCACGCCUCUCGCUUUCUUGGGGGGCGCUCGCCACUGGCCAUGAUGGGCCACAUCUCAGACACACCACUGCACGCGUGCGCCCACACGCACGCACGCACGCACGCACAUACACACACACACACACACACACACACACACACACACACACACACACACACACACACACACACACACACACACACACAGUCAGGGGAGACAAGAGGAACAGUUCACCUUCCAGACUUUUCUCUCUCUCUUCCUCCUUCUCCUCCCCCUCUUCCUGCAUCCCCAGCCCGAUGCUGCUGUAGCUAGCAGGAACCUGCCUGCCGCGGUCUCCAGAGUUUGCUGCAGACCUGAUGAUUGCACAGUUGUUAUCCCCACCUCCUUCCCCACCCGCAGUGGGGCCAGGCUAACUCGCUUAUCUGACAGCUCCUGACAUUGUGGUGGGGGGAUGUGAGAAAGAGAACCAAGAGGAAAAGUGCUAGCAUCAACAACCAAGUCACUCCUGCAGCUCUCCAGUUAUUAGAAUUGCAGCAGAGGGAGCCGAACGUGUCUUGAAUCACUUGGUUGAAUCUUUAACUUUCUAAAGCUCUCAAAACAGAAACAAAGAGAAUCUCACUUUCUUAAAGGUAGAGUAAAUCAAGUACCUCAUGGUGAUAGAUGUAAUACGAUAUUUGAGGAUGUUACACCAGUAAACUAUCUGGCCAGUAAACUAUCUGAGGAUGCACACCAGUUUAGAUUUACAAUUUUGUGUAUUGUUAUUGGUUGGUACGGUCUCUUUUAACCCAAUAUUAUCUUAGUCUUACAAAAGUCCUUUAAUCCUUUAAAGGCAAAACAUAUGACAAAAGAAAGACCCCCCAAAAAGCAAGAAAGAUGAUGCAUAAUCUGUACGAUAUAUUGUGCAGUCUACAUAAUGUACUGUUCCUUCAGAAAGUAUUCACACCCCUUUACUUUUUCUAGAUUUUGUUGUUACAGCCUGAAUUUAAAAUUGAUUCAAUUGAGAUUUUAUGUCACUGAUCUACACACAACACCCCAUAAUGUCAAAGUGGAAUUAUGUUUUUAGAAAUGUUUACAAAUUAUUGAAAAAUUAAAAGCUGAAAUGUCUAUUCAACACUUUUGUUAUGGCAAGCCUAAAUAAGUUCAGGAGUACAAAUGUGCUGAACAAGUCACAUAAUAAGUUGCAUGGACUCACUCUGUGUGCAAUAAUAGUGUUUAACAUGAUUUUUGAAUGACUACCUCAUCUCUGUACCCACACAUAUAAUUAUCUGUAAGGUCCCUCGGUCGAGCAGUGGAUUUCAAACACAGAUUCAACCACAAAGACCAGGGAGGUUUUCCUAUGCCUCACAAAGAAGGGCACCUAUUGGUAGAUGGGUAAAAGUAAAAUAAAAAGCAGACAUUGAAUAUCCCUUUGAACAUGGUGAAGUUAUUAAUUACACUUUGGAUGGUGUAUCAAUACACCCAGUCACUACAAAGAUACAGGCGUCCUUCCUAACUCAGUUGCCGGAGAGGAAGGAAAACCCUCAGGGAUUUCACCAUGAGGCCAAUGGUAACUUUAAAAUGGUUACAGACUUUAAUGGCUGUGAUAGGACAAAACUGAGGAUGUAUCAACAUUGUAGUUACACCACAAUACUAACAUAAAUGAUAGAGUGAAAAGAAGGACGCCUGUACAGAAUAUACAUUAUUCCAAAACAUGCAUCCUGUUUGCAAUAAGGCACUAAAGAAAUACUGCAAAAAUUGUGCAAAACAAAUGAACUUUUUGUCCUGAAUACAAAGCGUUAUGUUUUGGGCAAAUCCAACACAACCCAUCACUGGGUACCACUCUUCAUAUUUUCAAGCAUGGUGGUGGCUGCAGCAUGUUAUGGGUAUGCUCGUCAUCGGCAAGGCUAGAGAGUUUUUUAGGAUAAAAAUAAACGCAAUAGAGCUAAGCAUAGGCAAAAUCCUAGAGGAAAACCUUGUUAAUUCUGCUUUCUAACAGACACUUUCAGCAGGACAAUUACCUAAGACACAAGGCCAAAUAUACACUGGAGUUGCUUACAGAGACAACACUGAAUGUUCCUGACUGGCAUAGCAUAGUUACAGUUUUGACAUAAAUUGGCUUGAAAAUCUAUGGCAAGACUUGGAAAUGGCUGUCUAGCAAUGAGCAAUAACCAACCUUUCAGAGCUUGUCAAAUUUUUUAAAGAAUAAUUGGCAAAUAUUGUACAAUCCACGUUUGCAAACCUCUUAGAGACUUACCCAGAAAGAGUCACAGCUGUAAUCGCUGCCAAAGGUGAUUCUAACAUGUAUUGACUCAGGUUGAAUACUUGUCUAAUCAAGAUAUAUUAGUGUUUUAUUUUCCAUUACAGUUUUUCUUGAUCGCUAAAAUACAUUUAAUGAAACUGGGGUCCACUUGAUCUCCAUCAUAACCUAAUGAGCACAACAGUAUUAUUUUUUCUAAAACCGUAAGUCAUUUCUCAUUGCUUUUACACACAAUGCUAAUGCUAAGCACGUUUUUGCAAAACAUUAAACACAACUCUCUACAAAAGACGCAAAGCUCAGUUGAGUAAAUCAUGACAAACAAAUUUCAAAUAUUUUGUCACAGCUGAUAUAAAUGACUCCCAUGAAUGUGAACCACUGCACUCUUCUGCAAACUUCUUUGCACAAUUGUUCAAUCAGCAAUCAGUCCUUAUUCAUGCAUAAAAGAGGUCAGCUCUGAGUUGUUGUUUGCAAGAAUGGACUAAGAGGCCAAGGGCAAGGACAAAGGAGAGGUAGAGGGGCCCAUAGAGGAAGAUAGUUCAGCUCUCAGUUAAAAUGGGAAAAGGUCAAAUAAACCCUUUUGUUUCUGGAUAUUCAUGCUCUUGAGUGACAUUCUUUCUGCAUUGGUCAUCUUUGGUAAAAUCAUUUUAGGAAAAAAUAAUACAGCUCAUGCUGUGAUAAUAUAUUUACUAACCUUUUAUGGUGCAUACUAUAAUUAUAGUAUCAACAAAUGGCACAGACAUAUAAAAGAGGGUUAACCAUGUUAGGGUAUAUUGAUAGUUUUAUUGGGCCAUUGUGUGACAAUUGAUUGAAAUAACUUUUAAUUAGAGAACAAGUUGUAUGUUUUGAUGGAGGUAGUUGAUUUUGUGUCAUGUAUUUAAUGUUUUGAGAGUCUUAAUGCAUUUUGCAAAUGAAAUGUGUCAUUUUGGCCAACGUGUUUCAGUUUGGGGCUGUGUGUUAAUUGUUUUGAAAAAGUGAAUUCUGUUUGAACAAAUGUGCUCAAGUAAUCGAGAAAAACAAAUAAAUAUAUAUUUUCUAGCAUUUUUCUUCCACUUUGACAUUACAGAGUAUUUUGUGUAGAUCUUUGACAAAAAAAAAGACAAUUAAAUUUGAAUCCCACUUUGUAACACUACAAGAUGUGGAAAAAGUCAAGGGGUGUGAAUACUUUCUGAAGGCACUUUAUAUGUAAUCUUUCACUCCAAUGAUCUGUGUUUAGCCCUGUAAUUUCUUGCACACAGAGCAUCCGCCUACAAAAUGCCUUUGUUUGCUCUGGCUAAGUCCAAAAUGACACCCUAUUCCCUGUACAGUGCCCACUUUUGACCAAGUCCCAUAGAUCUGAUCAAAAGUAAUGCACUAUGUAGGGAAUAGGGUGCCAUUUGGGAUUCAGACUCUGUUUCCUUGGGCGAAUUCCUCUCUGAGUGAGAGAGCAGCCACUGGACUGAGCUCAGAUGGAGCAUGGCUUUAUCAUGGAGCCAUUACACUUUCACACAUCCAUUCCAUUUUCACAUUAUUAUUCGUCUCACUCUGUGUGUGUGUGUGCGUGCGUGUGUGUGUGAGUGUGAGAGAGAGAGUGUGAGUGAAGCACGCCUAUAUGAUACAGCCAUUACACCUCACACGGGCUCCAUUUGCACCUUAUUGCUUGUCUCAUUGCUGGAAAAUGCAGGUUAUUUACCAAGCCCGAAGAUGCACCUGAUCCCUAUUCCACUGGUGCAAGGCUGUUUGUGUGUGUGCUUGCGUUUGUGUGCUUGCGUGCAUGCGUGUAUGCAUGCACAUCUAUAAUGUGUGUGUGUGUGUGUGUGUGUGUGUGCACAUCUGUACAUUGUGUGUGUAUGCGAGCUUGGUUGUGUGUGUCUUAAUUGUUAUUUUAUGUACAUGUAAGUGCGAUGUGGAAACCCAGCCAUGCUAAUAGGGCUGGUUGUUGCCGGUUCUGUGACUGGUUGGUUGUAAUAUAAAGCAGCUUCAUGUCUGAUACCCUGGUCUCUCUCUGUCUGCCCUCCCCCCAGCUCCCUCACCUCUGACCAGGGCUUGGACCUGAUGGAACAUGUUGGUCGGAGGAUCAACCUCCAUGUGGCCGACAUCCUCCACCUCUCGUAUGUAUUACAGGACACACACCUUGUGUUGUUGUUGUUGUUGAUGAGUGGGACUGGAAAGUAUUGUUGACAUAACAUUCUAAACCAGGGGAGUCAAACUCCUCCCUUGUACUUGAUUGAUCAAUGAAGGUCAUUGAUUGGGUAGAAACUCCCCUCAUCUGGUUGUCUAUGUCUUAAAGGGGCAAUCUACAGUUUAAACAAUAAGAAAGUGCGCACCCAGCCACUGUUUUGAUAAACAGCUCAAGGAUGGGGCUGGAGAAAUAUAACCACUCUGAAAUUCAUAGACGGAGCUAUGGAUGAAAGGACUGACCAUCCAUGAAAUCUAAAUGAUACUUCAAACGAUGUUUUGAAGCUGUGUUUGUUUACAGUUACUUUGUUUACAUUACAUCCUUUGGAGUAAAACAAGUUUAUAUUUUGGUUUCUGGUGGGGUAAGAGAGAUUCACUAAGCUCAUGAGGCAUUUAUGACUUAUAUUCUUCUAGAAUCAAUGGCUAUAUAUAUCAUUACUUUCAAGUCCUAAAAUGGAUAUAGCAACUGCAGAUUGCCAGAAGGCAGUCAAUUGUUUUAAACAAGCAAAUUUAGAGACACAUUUCCAGUCACACCAUGCCCACUUUGACAAAACAUAUCCGCCUCAAAGCAACCUCAGAAACAAAAAAAUUGCGCAACUCAAAGGACAGCUCAAAGGACAACAACAAAUGAUGGACAGAUCUAGCACUGUUGCAGAGAAAACGACAGAGGCAACAAAUGAGAUUGCUUGGAUACUAGCGAGAAACAAGAAGGCCUUCACAGACGCAGAGAUUGUCAGACAAUGUUUUUUGGCCUCAGACAAAAUAUUGUAUGCUGAUUUCACAAACAAGGAAGAUAUUUUAAGCAAACUAAGGGACUGCAACUCUCAGACUCCACCAUAACAAGAUGCAUAGAAGACAUCGGCGAGGUCAUCGGUAAGCAACUGAUUACUGACAUAUCCGUGGUGCCGUGUUUUAGUAUUGCGCUUGACGAAAGCACUGAUAUAAGUGACGUUGCCCAAUUAUGUGUUUGGGUCCGCUUCCCUCAAAACGAGUCAUUCAGAGAGGAACUUUUAUGUUUACUGCCCCUUCAGGGACAAACAUGAGGAGAGGAUAUUCUGAAAGCCCUUGUUACAUCUGUGUGCGCUGACGGCGCCCCAAACAUGCGAGGGAAGGAGAAGGGACUCAUAGGCCUGAUGAGAAAGCGAGACGAUAUUCCCGAAUUUGUUAACGGUUCAUUGUAUCAUUCAUCAGGAAGCACUUGUGGCUAAACUCAAAGACUGUGACUUACAGAAUGUGAUGCAGCAAGUCGUGCGCGUGGUGAACAUUAUUAUUGCGAGGUCACUGAAUCACCGGCAAUUCCGCAAGUUGCUGGAGGAAUACCAGACAGAAUACGGUGACUUGAUAUUUCACAAUGAGGUGAGAUGGCUAUCUUGUGGCAGAGUUUUUGAAAUAUUUCUCUCUCUCCUCCCUCAAAUCCGUGAAUUUGUUGCAAGCAAGGGGAGAGGGGAGCCAGAGCUGGAUGAUCCACAGUGGAUAUUAAAGCUGGCUUUUUUAACUUACAUCACACAGUGAAUCUCCAGCUCCAAGGGAAAGCUAAAACUCCGGGCAAAAUUCUGCGUGUGUUCACAGCAUUUCAAAAUAAAAUCACCACACUGUUCAUACCUGACAGAUAGUUUGUUCAUUUCCCAAAACUCAGAGCAGUCACCACAUCAAACCCAGACAUACUGCAACAUUUUAGCUAUGAUGCAUUUGUGCGUGUGUUGGAAGAGUUGAAGUUGGAGUUUGAGUCAAGAUUCAAGGAUAUCAUGGAGUACAAAGAGUUUUUCAACUUCAUUGAGAACCCCUUUCAUGUGCCAGUGUCAUCUCUGACCCCAGUCAUCACAGCCCUUGUCCUGACAGUGCUGGAACAGAGAGUGAGAUAGUGGAGCUGCAGGCAAAUGACACAUUGCAAGGUGAACUAAGAUCAGGUGUUACCCAUUUCUGGAGCCUUGUGUCAGACACAGAGUAUCCACUUCUGAAAGUCAGCACUUAUUUUUUGUCAGCACUUAUUCAUGUGAAGCAACAUUUUCAACAAUGAACAUCAGAGGAACAGACUGACCAAUACACACCUGGAUUGCCUCACAAGGAUAGCCACAACAGUCUACACAUUUAGAAUGAAUUCAGUCAAGGAGCAGAAGGGACAUUUUCGCUCAUCCAACUACUGAGGUAGCCCUUAAUAUGGGUCUUAUACAUGUGAUUUAGCCUAUUUGAUGUGUGUAUGUAUAUAUUUGUGAUGUGCUGUACAUCAAAUCAAUUGCAUGUGCUCUAUUGCUCUGAAUUUGCUCUCAAUUGAUAAUUGAUAAUAUUGGAAGAAAAAGUACAACAAAUUAAAGAUCUGUGCGGCCCUCUGAAUGAUUGUCUCAACCCAAAUUGGCCCCCUUACAAAAUAUAGUGAGAAAACACUGCUUUAAAUUGACACAUAUUGAAAGGAAAUCACAAAAAGCAGCAGACACACGACCCUCUGGGAAUUAAGUUUGACACCCCUGGUCUAAAAUAAAAUACAAUUUAAAAUUCUGAAGAGGAAGAUGUUGAAAAUAAAAAUCUCCAAUGUAAGCUCAGGGAACAGAAUAAAGAUUGUCCAGGACUCCAGAAACAGUAGGCACUGUGUGUGAAGCUACUCCUGCAGUGCAGUAGCGGAGUGUGGAGGCGUUUUCAGUUAUUCUGACCUUUGUGUGUUUGUGUUCCUCUGGAAAGAGAAAUCAACUCUAAUUACCUCCACAUAUAGGAUGCAUCCCAAAUGGAAGCUUAUUCCCUGUAUAGUGCAUUACUUUUGAUUAGGGCCCAUAGGGACACAGUCAUAUUCGGAUGUCUCUAUUGGAUUCACCUCUCUGUCUUAUUGUUGUUGAUGCCUCUAAACACAUUUAUAAAACCGUCAUGUUUCUUAACAAUAUGGUCUUUGUUGUGAAAACACUUGAGAAACAUGCCCGCUCACACACGCAAGUACAUAAGCAUGCACGCACACAUGCAUUAACACACGGACACAAGCACACACACGUGCGCGCGCGCACACACACUCACACAGAAUCCCGCUGGAGAGAGAUAGCAGUGUUAAUGUAUUAUUGACUAGGUGAACUAUCCUUGAACCCAGCUAGUUUUUCGUGGUAGUUCUGUGCUGCUGGAACCAGACCAUGUAGGAGGCAGAGGAGACAUGUACGAACUGAGUCUGACAAGCCUUUCAAGCAUCUAUUCCAGGAGAAGGCGAGUCUGGGUGCUUCUCACAGAACAGUAUCAUAUGCAAGAUGCCAGAGGGGCAAACAGUAUGCCUUGUUUCUAUAGAUGCCUACUGCUAUUCAGGUGCUUAGUACCAUUAUUUGGGAGUUAAAGAUGACAUGUUAUCUACAUUGUGGUCCUGUGUGGCUCAGUUCAGCAUGGCACUUGCAUUGCCAAGGACCAGCUGUGGCCACCCAUAUAAAAAUAAAAUGUAUGCACGCAUGACUGUAAGUCGCUUUGGAUAAAAGAGGUUGCUUAAUGGCUUAUAUUAUAUAUACUGAACAAAAAUAUAAACGCAACAUGCAACAAUUUCAAUUAUUUUACUGAGUUACAGUUCAUGUAAGGAAACCAGUCAAUUGAAAUACACUCAUUAGGCCCUAAUUAAUGGAUUUCACAUGAAUGGGCAGGGGCACAGCCAUGGGUGGGCCUGGGAGGGCAUAGGCCCACUCACUGGGGAGCCAGGCCCAGCCAGUCAGAAUGAGUUUUUCCCCACAAAAGGGCUUCAUGACAGACAGAAAUACUCCUCAGUUUCAUCAGCUGUCCGGGUGGCUGGUCUCAGACUGGCUCUAUUGUGCCACACCGAGAUGAUAGCUAGCUCCUAUGUAUUCUGUUCCAGGAGACCGAUAUACAGGGAUAUAGAUGCCUGCUAAUGUACCCUUUGUCUGCGCUGUUUUUCCCUCCUUUUUGACUAAAUGUGCUGUGCUAGAAGCGUAUUUAUUGAGUAAUGAUGGCCGUCUGUUUGUCGGUGAUGGGAGCCAGAGCUCAUUGUGUUUCUCUCCAGUAUGCUCAGCAGGUGAGACUAUGAAGCACCCGUCUCGAUGUGAGCCAACUCUGGCUGCUAGUGAGGGUCAGAACACACUGACGCCCCAGUUGCGUCCCAAAUGGAACCCUAUUACCUACAUAGUGCACCAUUUCAGGCUUCUCUCUCUGUAUGUGUCCGGCAUGAGAUUGAAUGAGGUGAAAAGAGAUACUCCAAAGAGGAGAGGAUAUGAGCCGUAUGAAAAUAUUAUCAUAAUACAAAUGAGGUGGUUUAGCUUCGGGGUGCAUGUUUUGGAUGGAUUUAAGUUUCUACAUUGGAUACUGUUAUGUAAAAAGUAUAAAAACAGCACUUUACUUUGCCUAUGGUCAUGUUCUUUGCUCUAUAGAGAUGACGUAAAUGUUUUACUGAUCAUAGACACUAGGGGGAGUGGCCUCCUUAGACACUGAGGUACGCUGAACUGAACUGAACUGAACCUGGUGAACUGAUGGACACACCCAAACACACACCAAUGUAUGCACAAGCACGAACACACAUGUGUACACACAGACACGCGGACGAACACAUGCAUAAACAAACACACACACUUCCCUCAACUAAGCUAAUAUGAGCACUGAGCUUAUAAACCCCAUUUGAUUACACAGCAGAGUUUGGUAGAUAACUUAUCCAACUCAAUCACCCUGAAGUACUAUUUUUUCGCGAGUAUAUUUAGAAAAUUAUUUUAGGAAGAAAAACACGACUGUUUCAUUUGAGAUGCAUCUAGAUUCCAUGGGCACCAGGAAGAAUGUGGGAGAGAUUGUGAAAAUAUUGACAUUUGACAGAGCAUACAGAAGUCAGGUGAAGGCAGGGCUUGACAUUAACUUUUUUAGCCACUUCCCAGCUAACAAUUAUAGGGAACAUUUUUGAAAUAUUACCCGUAAUGUUCCAAUAAUGUUUGAGUGUCCAGUUUUCCAUUAGUUAGGGGAACAUUCUAUAUAUGUUAGCAAAAACCUUCUGAGAACCUUUUUAGCAUUAAAGUUAGGAGAACAUUCCCUUAAUGUCAAGCAGAACGUGUUUACAAUGUUUUCAAAAACAACAUUAAUGUUCUAGACAUGUUAUGGGACGUUGCAAGAACAUAUGGGACGUUGCAAGAACAUUUGUGAGUCCAGUUUUCUGCGGGUUAAGACAAUAUUCCAUCAACGUUCCACCAAACAUGCACAGAACAUAGUUGCCUUGUUCUCAGAAUAUAAGAUAUUAGUGUUCUAGACACGUUUCAUGAGAAUGUUGCAAGAACAUUCCUGUGUCCAGUUUUCUGAGGUUUAGGAGAAUAUGGGAACGUUGCAAGAACAUUAAUGUGCCCAGUUUUUGGGAGGGUUAGGAAAAUAUUCCAUCAACGUCCCACCACAGAACAUAGCUGCCAUGUUCUCAGGACAUAAGUUAUGAAUGUUCUAGAGACGUCUAGAGACGUUUCAUAAAGCUCAAGUCACAUAAAAAAAUAAAAAACGGUGACAGAAAGUUGUGCUGUAUCAUGCAAGGAACCACUUCACAAAAUAAAAUGCAUUAUUAUCACUGGUAUUGACAAUGGAAGGCUGCUGGUCCUUGAUCCCAAGUAUUAUAUCUCCUGCAGUUGUGACCUUGAGUCCAUUCGGAUAACUUAAAUCUAUAAUCUGCUUGUCCGACAAUUUGUUUUACUUGCAAGCGGACAAGCGUUAAUGUUGAACCCUGGAAGGCAUUAAAAGGAAGCAUGUUUCUCUUUAACAAAAGGAGGUAACAGUGAGGAAAGUUGCUAAUUCGAUGCUAAUUCAAAGCUGUGUCCAUGAGGGCACCCUAAUCCCAAAGCGCACCCUAUUCCCUAUAUAGUGAAGGUGUGCACUAUAUAGGGAUUAGGGUGCCAUUUGAGACGCAACCCGUGUGUCCGAUGGCGGCUGUGACGGAUGGUUUUCUCUCAGGCUGGGUUACAGUAGGCUGGCAGUGUAAUGAUGGAUCUCCCCCCAGUUUAUACAGAGGCUGGAAGUAAAUUGACUUCCAAGGCCAAACACAACGGGUGAAAAAUUACUUGAUGAACGUCCCAAAUGGCACCAUCCCUAUGUAGUGCAAUACUUUUGAACAGGGCCCAUAGGGUUCUGGACAAGAGUAGUGCACUAUGUAGGGAAUAGGAUGCCAUCUAGGAUGCAGACUGAAUAAAGGUGGUUUAUGAGGGUCAUAGUGGGGAGGCGGGGUGUCUGAUGGUGACUGGGGGUGGGAGGGGUCACUUCACCUAACGAUGCCCUUUCACACCUCACGCUUCCUGGGAUUCUGACUUUUCCCAUCAACCACUGCUCUACACUCUUAGAAAAAAAGCGUUCCUAAAGGGUUCUUCAGCUGUCCCCAUAGGAGAACCCUUUUUGGUUCCAGGUAGAACCUUUUUUGGUUCCAGAUAGAACUAUUUUGAGUUCCACGUAGAACCCUCUGUGGAAAGGGUUCUACGUGGAACUUAAAAGGGUUCUACCUGGAACCAAAAGCAUUCUACCUGGAACCAAAAAGGGUUCUUCAAAGGGUUCUCCUAUGGGGACAGCCAAAGAACCCUUUUAGGUUCUAGAUAGCACCUUUGUUUCUAAGGGUGUAACACAAUAUUCGUUCGGUAUUAUCCAUGAUUUUUAUAUAGGGCAGUAGGGCUGGAAGAAGAAAUGGCUUGUGAAUCAUAAUAUUGUAAUCAUGCAAAAGGUUUUCUUCCUGGCAAGAUGUAAAAGACCUUAGUACCAUAUUAUUUAAAAUGUAUUGCAAUACAACAACCCCCCUGGUUUGUGGCUUAGACCCAAGUUUGUCACACCACCAUUAAACCCUACAUAAUAUUUUGUUUUACCAAUUGCUGUUGGCUUUCUGCCUAUUGGUCUGGGAGAAUGAUUUUACUCUGAUGGGUUUGUUGCUCGAGUUGGGGCUAUGCUUCUGUAGAUAUAUUUUUCAAAUAUAUAUUUGUAUUUUUUACUGUGACUGGAGGGAUUUCUUCAUGUCCAGUCUGGUUAGUCUCUAUUUUGGCCAUGAUUACCGUAGUUAAACAUGUAUACUGCAUUGGAGAGCGAGGAGUGUGUUCAGUUCACUAGCUAGACAGUGGGGACUUAGAUGGGCAGACAGACGGGUAGCCAGAGGGGAAAAGCGAACAAGGUUCUCAGCUGCAAUACGGUGCCACACUUUCAUGUUGGGUGUUUGUUCAAAUUCAAACAGAAAGAGAAAACAACCCCCCUCCCUUCCACUGGCUCUGUGUCUAUGUCUGCUAUUAAAGAUGUGAGGUGAUUUGAAGCUUGCUGGUAGCUGAAGCUCUCAGGGAGUCACUCUGUCUUUCUCUACUCUUCUCUAGUCCUCUGUCUCUCAGUCUUUUUCUACCUCGGUCUGCUUUUGAAUUGAAGAAAACUGAGUUUUGGGGUGUAGCUAGCUUUGCCUCUUUUGCUUCUAUAUUUCAGAGUGCUGGGUCCAGCUGUGACCUUCAGGGUGGGCUCCAACCCUCAUAAUGUCAGCACUGAAGAUCUGGCCCACGUUGCAGGUACGUCCACUCUCUCAUUUACACCAGCCCAUAUCCUCCAAGAUCCACCCACCAAUCAUUACCGAUAUCCUGUUGAUCAUCAUUUAUUGGUUUCAACAUCGAAGGAAGAUACAGUAAAACCUCUAAUAGUCUCAGAGAAGAGUUGAUAGUUGAUUCACACAAACACUUGCAUGUACCCAUGCAGCACAGAAACCCACACAGCAUUUAGUCAUUAUUAGCUCUAUUUCUUAAAGAACCCCUUCGUGUCAGUGACCUCCAUUGUACUUCAUUUCAUUUUCACCACCUAAACCAUUUUGUCAUAUUCGCGUUGUCGGAACAAAUGAGAGUCUCAGAUCCACAGCACCAGAUAGUGUAGAUAUUACAGUGCCCUAGUCCGGACAAGCCCUUGUCUAUAAGAUUAUUAACAUGGUGUAAUGACAGAAUUGAGGAUCAAUUUCACACAGGAUAACAAGCGGUUCCUACUGAGAUACAUAGGCUGCGCCCCAAACGGCAUCCUAUUCCCUAUUUAGUGCACUCUCUGGUCAAAAGUAGUGCACUAUAUAGGAAAUAGGGUGCUAUUUGGGAUGUAGAGAGUGACCCUGGAUGGGCUUCAUCUGCUCUCCUCAUACAUCCACUAGACUGACGGACAGGCUCAGACAAGCUCGUCGUCGUAAAGCCAGGCAGUUUGAUGUGGUCUGAUAGAAAGGUGUCAUGAUGAGAGUGAAAAAGAGGAUUUGAUAUUUCAGUAUGCACCGCUCCCGCACCGCACUACACCACACCACACCGCACCGCUGGCAUUGUCUGAACUUGGAUCAACAAGGGAGUGUGACGCCCUUGCUUCGGUUGAAAAUGACUUUGAGAAGCAGCGAGCAACAGUCCAACAGUCAAUAACAUUGGGGUUGGAACAACAACAGUAACAACACCAACACAAACCACAUGGAACCUUUUUAUAUUGGCUAAAAUGUGCUGUUGUUUCAUUCAGUGGAAUUUGGCACCGGUCUCCUACUGUUGAAUUAUUGGGUGGUAUAUAGUGGUUUGUUUCUGUCCUAUUCAUUUACAGAGAUGCUACAACAUCAACACUAGGAAAUAGGGAGAAGGCUCUUGUGGAAAAACCACAUGAUUUCACAUGUGGAAAAUCACAUGUGAAAUCAUGUGAAACCGUGUGUUUUUGGUAUUUUACAAGUAUUUCACAUGUGGGAUUUUCAAAUGUGAUCACAUAACCUUUCACAUGUGGAUUCAAAUCUUCACACAUUUCACAAUAUUUUUCACGAGAUUUCACAGGUAAUGCCCUGCAAACAAAAAUCUGUAGUUAGGAUCUCCCCAGAAUGUCACGCGGUCACAGGGUUUUCAAUUCACAUAUUUGACACACUUUGACAUACACGAUUACAUUGUGUAUGUAUACACUAAUUAGGCCUCCUGUAGAUCAGUUGGUAGAGCAUGGCGCUUGCAACGCCAGGGUUGUGGGUUCGAUUCCCACGGGGGGCCAGUAUGAAAAAUGUAUGCACUCACUAACUGUAAGUCGCUCUGGAUAAGAGCGUCUGCUAAAUGACUUAAAUGUAAUUAUUGUGGGAUUUGAAGCUGGGAUUUGAACUCCCAACCUCUUCUUUCACAGCAUUCUGAUCUUCCUGCUAUGCCUCCAUGUUUGUGUCAAUAACUGAUUUCACCUGUAUUCCUACACUUUAGACUUCAAAGUCAAUCUCAGAUUUGUUGAAAAUACACUCAAGAAAAACAAUUAUAUUUAUCAUAGUGAUUGAGGAGUAACAUUAAAACAGAAUAAUGUGCCCCACCAACAUUAGACAACUAUGCAGAAAAAUAUUCAAAUUGCUAAUGAAAUGAAUGAUGAGAGAAUAGUCAGAUUAACUGUUAACUAAAAUUGCAGUGCAGAUGGAAGUAUUUUGUUAAGUGGAGAGAUGUAUUAUAGGUGAUGAAUGUGUAGAGGAAUGCUAUAGACUUUGCAGCGCAGCAGAAAGAUCAGCGUACCCCAAAUCCAGAGGUUGAGAGUUCAAUUCCUAGGUGGGGUCAUAUUGAAAAGUCAGUACUAAGUGAUCAUGUCAAAUGUAGUCAUAUUGUCAUUGAUUAUAGAUUUUUACACUAUUUUAGCUGAACAGCGUACCACUUACUUUAAAACCCCCUUGUCAUUUCAUUCCCUUACAAACAAAACACGUGAAAUGUGCAGUUUCACAUGUGAAAUAACAGUUUUCACAUGUUGCGCUGAAAUUUUAACAUGUAAAAAAAGAAAGAGGCAGGUGAGGUCAGUUGUUGUAUUAAAUUUAGAGUUUACAUGUUAGUACCACCUUUUCACAUGUGAGGAGAAUAACAUGUUUUCACCUCACAUGUGAAUUGCAGAUUCACAGAUGGGUUGAGUGUGAUUUGAGACAUAAAGAUGGCUGAAAUAUGAUGAAAAGGUGGCUGGAUUGGUUGGUGUUACAUGGGUAUUGAAGCUGUGAUUGUGCAAGCACCAGAAUAACAGUUACUCCACGAUUCUAGUGCUGUAGACCCCUAUGGGUACGUCCAUCAGUACUCGGUUGAGAUACUUCUGGGUGUGUGCGUGUGUGUUUCUGUGUGUGUGCGUUCGUGCCUGCAUGCAUGCGUGUGCCUGCGUGCAUGCGCGCUGGUUCGUGUCUGUCCGUGUCUAUGUGGAGUGAUUUGACUGUUGAUUAGGCAUCGUGGGGGGAGAGCUAAUGACAGCAGCGAGUUGGGCUGAAAUGUCAGACCAAAUGUUAAGUCAACAUGAUCAGCAUCCUGACCACUAUUGAUGAAUUAUGAAUCCAGCCGACCAGAAUACCAAUGACUGACUGACAGCUGCCUGGUGUAACACAUGGGGAUGUGUGAAACUUACUCCUCAGACUUAAGUGUCCCGCUUGCGUUGCCUCAUUAGCUAGCUUUUGAGGUGUCACAUGUACUAGCAAGGCAGAGGUCGGAAGUUCGCGCCAGGUAUGGGCCGAAUCAGGAGGAAGUGGUACUCGCUAAGCAAGCAGCGUGACAUCCUUUAAACUGGCAGGAGGAAUACUUAGAUAUCCAACUUAGACAGUCACGCUGUUUCAGUUGGGCAAUGCAUAGUACAGGGAUGGGCAACUGUCACUACUCCCCCCCCCCCCCCCCCCCCCCCCCCCCCCCCUUUUGUAGGCCCGUGGAUCAUUUUCCAAAAACAACAAAAUAUUUAAAUAAUUGGGAACUCAGUCAAGGUCUAAACUUAUUGUUGAGAGUUAGAAUAGUACAAUACACAAGGUGCAAUUUCGAAAUGUGUUUGUGCAUCAGCAGUUUUUCUCUUAAUUCAGUAACUGAAAGUCACUCAAUUACCCCAUGUCAGCUAAACAUUUGUUGGUUGGUAAGUUAGUUUAGCCAGCUAUCUGAACUUGUAGUAAUCAUGGUUGAAUUACCGACUGGGGGGAUUUUGAUUUUGUUACUCACUCUCACUCAGAUAUCAAAUUAAAAACUGCAAACAUUUCUCUCUAACCUAUUGCAAAAUGUGUAGAAUUGCAGCAAUCUUGCUUUAAAACUGCAAAAUUUUCUCUACAUCCCAUGGCAAGAAUUGCAGGAAAUUAACUAAAAAAAUGUUUUCUCUUAGGGCCCCCAAAAGGCUAGGGCUGGCUCUGACUACGUGUGUCGGUAUGGAUGUGGGUAUGCAGACCCCCGAGCCAUUGCGGCCCCUCAUGAUGAGUUCAGAUUUUUUGUGGCCCACUCCUAUCAAAGUUGCCCAUCCCUGGUAUAGCUAAUAUACUGAAUGUUAUAUUUAGCAGUGAAACAGGGAAAGUAUAGAUUUAACAGGAAAUCUAUAUAUUUAAAAUGUUUACAAAUGUACAUAAUAUGCCAUAUAUACAGUAUAGUAGUAUAUAGAUCAAUUUAGAAUAAUAAAAACAUUCAGUUUGUAUACCGAAGACAAACACAUAAUUAUAUCAUCCUGCAUUAUUAUAAAUUAUUUUCUAGAAUGUUUUAAACCUAUAAUAUUCAUACUGUGAAGUGAAAUGAAGAUGCUCUGGGUUGAAUGUGAAACACAAACUGACAGCCAAAUCACUCGCCCUCCUGGGUAAUCCUGGGCUACCUUUGACCUCUGUGUGACUGUGCAUGAACAACAUGGCCGCAUGAUGAACUUGUCACACACGCACGCAAGCACACUUGCAAGCACAUAUGUAUGCACGCACACACACACACACACAUCAAACCCUUGUGUGUUGAAACAGUCUAUUUGUGUGUUGACCAUUGACUGUUUUCCAGGUUUGUGGAAAAUAAAUGGAGGAACUGUAAGGUGUUUCUUUAGUUUAGCUCUAUACUGAGUAUUCUUCUUGAAAAAGCAACAGACGGGUUGGCUGAAAACGUCACAAAAAGUAUGCGUGUGCAUUGAUUUGGCAAGAAGGCGUGCGUUGUUAUGAUUCUGAACGGUCAGAUAGCUAGCAACAAUGACAAUAAGGUGCCAUGUGGGGAGUCGUAGGUGGCUCGUUUUAGCCGGUUGUAUCAUGUUAUUGAUACCAUGUCUUGUUUUGAGGUGUUUUGACUGAUGUCAAAAUUCUCUAGCUAGCUAAGCAACAACUGUAACAAUGUAUUUGAGAGACAAGUGCUCAUUGUGCAAAUGAAUUUGUUUUCAAUAAACAUUUGGAGACAAAAUAUAGUUUACAUGUUCUCAACAGUCCAAGCCAACACUGUCUGUUUUGCCCCAUAGUUGCGCACGUGUCAGUUUUGUUGCUAAACAACCAACCGUCUAUAGAAACCCCUUUUAGUGGAAAGAAUCAGAAGAGAACAACAACACAUUGAUUGGGAUUGGAGAAUAGACCUGUGUCAAAGAUAGCGCCAUUUAAAUGCAUACUUUUUUUCCAUGUCUUUGUGAAUGUCUUAAGCUCUAUUCAUUUAAAAUACAUUUAUUCAUCUUUACAUGUUAUGACAUUAUACAUUUACAUUAUACAUUUGCAUUGAAUAAGGUUUAUUUAUUACAUUAUACAUCUAUGUGAGUGAGGUGUUUUGAUAUCUUUCUACUAGAUCAGUUUAAAAUAUGUAAUUGAAAAGCCAUCAUAUAGGGAGAGAAAGGUCCCAUUGAAAAUCCUUCUUAUAGGUAGAGAUCCCAUUGAAAAGCAAGUUGUGCAUCCCAAAUGGAACCCUAUUCCCUAUAUAGUGCACUACUUUUGACCAGAGCCCUAUGAACUCUGGUCAAAAGUAGUGUGCUAUAUAGGGAAUAUGGUUCCAUUUGAGACACAGCUGGACAGUAUAAAGAGGAGAUUUGCUACCUCAAUGAAAGCCAUGCCAUCUUUCGGCUGUGGGUACUUACUGGUAGAAUAAGGAGUGAAAAGCAGAAUCGAAGGUCUCACUGUAUUAGUGAAGGUAAGAGCUACUAGGAGCUCUUGUGUUCUGCUCAACUGGAAAACCGGUGGACAAAGACCUGUGCUCACUAAUCCCCGCAUGGCUUGAAAACAAAAGAUAAGGCGGCUGCUUUAUCAAAACUACUAGGCUAUUGUGUGUGUGUGCGUGCAUGCGUGCGUGUGUUAAUCAUUUGCGAGGGAAAUGAUUUAUUCAAGUUUUGAUGAAGUGCCGACGAAGCUGUAAAAAACGAUGUUGCAAUGUGUCAUUAAAGAUACUUUAUUUUUGCUCCUUCAUUCGCUCAUGCUCUCUCUUUCUCUCUCUUUCUCUCUCUUUCUCUCUCUUUCUCUCUCUUUCUCUCUCUUUCUCUCUCUUUCUCUCUCUCCUUCUUAUUCUCUCUCUCUGAUAGAAUGAGGUUCUGAAUGUGGUGAAAAGCUGUAUACUUCAGACUUCUCUGCAAACAUGUAAAUCACCUUCACUUGGGAAAUUGGUUCUGUCAAAAUUGGUUACGCUCACUGCUAACCAACAUUUCUUUAGCCACGGGAAAUGUAAUCCCCCUCUCAUUUUCCCUUCUUAGUUUUUUCUUCUGUGUACAGUAACCGAAUAG